UUUCUUAGCUCAGUGAGUACUGGGUAUGUGUCACCCUGCCAAAUCCCCAAUCACAAGUCUCCAUGCACUGGCGGCGAGCUGGGAUAAUAAAACCCCUGACAUCACCAUUCCAGAAGCUUCACAAGACUGUGUAUAUAAGGGGCUGGUUGUAGCUGCAGUGGAAGGAGCUGAGCAACCAGCUGACCCCUGACACUUCCAGAGCUACCAUGGACAUCGCCAUCCACCACCCCUGGAUCCGUCGUCCCUUCUUUCCCUUCCACUCCCCCAGCCGCCUCUUCGACCAGUUCUUCGGGGAGCACCUGCUCGAGCCUGACUUCUUCCCGUCCUCCUCCCUAAGCCCCUUCUACCUGCGGCCGUCCUCAUUCCUGCGGAUGCCCAGCUGGAUUGACACUGGCCUCUCAGAAAUGCGUCUGGAGAAGGACAGGUUUUCUGUCAACCUGGAUGUGAAGCACUUCUCCCCGGAGGAACUCAAGGUCAAGGUGCUGGGCGACGUGAUUGAGGUGCACGGCAAGCACGAAGAGCGCCAGGAUGAACAUGGUUUCAUUUCCCGGGAGUUCCAAAGAAAAUACCGGAUUCCAGCUGAUGUGGACCCUCUCACCAUUACUUCAUCCCUGUCAUCUGAUGGGGUCCUCACUGUGAAUGGACCAAGGAAACAGGCCUCUGGCCCCGAGCGCACCAUUCCCAUUACCCGUGAAGAGAAGCCGGCUGUUACUAGCCCCAAGAAGUAGAUGCCCUUUGUCCCACUGCAUUUUUUUUCAAAACAAUUAAACAAGAACAUUUCCCCAUUGGUGAAUGGAAAUCUUGUGACAGUGCUGAAGCUUAUUAAUGCUAAGGGCAGGCCCAAAUUAUUAAGCUAAUAAAAUAUUAUUCAGAAACAGA